AUGGGCGAGGUAUCGACUUCACAACGGCGGAAACCAGUACGACAUCCGCAGCCAUCUGGAAGCCAAAAAGGAAGCAGCGGCGUUAACAAGUCAAUCUCCAUCACUGCUGCGGCAAUUUUUGGCGCAAACGGAGCCCCUGAAAGGCGGAUGUCUGCCGAAGAAAUGGAUGAUGCAGAGGACACCGAUGGUCAGCUGUCUGUGAGCGAUGAACGAGACUCUGGGUCUGAACUCGAGCCGGAGUCCGAUAGGAAGAGUAUGGAGCUAUCAGAAGAGCUCCUUGGAGAUGUGUGGUGA